UAAUAAUUAUCUAAAUUUACUAAAAUUGACUUAAAAAUUCAAAAUUAUUCACAUAAAAUGAUUACACCGUGAAUUUGACAACAACAACAACUUGUACGCUCAUCUCUAUUGCUGCAGUGUGCACACACCUACCAAAAACAAACUCUGUGGCAACGCCACGCCAAUCAGCUGGCCGCUGUUGUUUUUGUCAUUUGGCAAUCAAUUCUCGUAACAUUUCUGCUCCAAAAAGAAAAACAUGCAGCGCCAAUUGGUAAACAGCCUGGGACGCAGCACGCGUCAACUCAUCCAUGGACAGCAGAUGCGACGUCCACUGUCCGUGUCGUCGCAGCAGCGGGAGAUAUUUAAAGUGCAGAGUGCCGAGGAUUUCGACAAAAAGGUGAAGAACAGCCAGACUCCGGUGAUUGUGGACUUUUUCGCAACCUGGUGCAAUCCCUGCAAGCUGCUGACGCCGCGCAUUGAGAAUAUUGUGGGCGAAAAUGCAGGCUCCAUUAAACUGGCCAAAGUUGACAUCGAUGAGCACAGCGAGCUGGCCCUCGACUACGAUGUGGGCGCGGUGCCCGUUCUGGUGGUCAUGCAGAAUGGCAAGGAGAUCAAGCGCAUGAUUGGACUCCAGGACGAGGACAAAAUCCGCGCAUGGGUCGCCUCCGCUGUCAAGGAGUCCAAGAAGUAAGCCCAAAGGUUGCGAGUGGACAAACAAUGGAGCUGAGCUUCACGUUACAUCAAAUAUUUUUCCUUGGACUUUCGAAAUAAAUGUUUAUUAAUUCAUCGUUGCAACAAC